UGUUUGUACUGAUAAGAAAUCCUCGUGCAAAGGCGUUUUCCAACUAAACGGCGGCAUGAAAUGUCCCCAUUUUCACCACAGAGUGUUUAGUGAGUGUCCGUGAGUGUUCUUCAGUGAGCGUAAGGUGGCGCCGAAUGGUGAGAAAGACUGGAGCGGAGGUGGAAAAAAUUGAAUUUUUUUGUUGGAACGCACUCAAAUUCCGGAGAUUCACUUGCAUGCAAUGCGGAUUAUGCACCAGGCUGCCGUAAGGAGAUCAGACACUGAAAAGGACGGUAACUGCGACAUGGAGUACGAGAACACCGAGACGGCGCUCGAUUCGAGCGGCAGCCACCAAGAGGAGGAGAAUCAAAAUGGCGAGGACGCCGCAGACGUCCAAGAGGGUGGCGAGUCGCCGGAGAAGGACUACGUGUCCGCUAACGAUGACGAGGACGAGGUGAAUGACGAGGAAGGCUCAGAGGAGGCCGUGGAGGACGCUACAGCCAAGAAAAUCAAAAAGGCGGGCAGAGCCAAGAGCGCCGCGGCGGAGAAGAAGAAAAAGAGGGGCAGGAAAGCGAAGAAUGCGAACGGCGUGAAGAAGACGCCUAAGCGAUCCACAAAGGAGAACAAGGCACAGAAUGAUCAGGACGACGAUGAUGAGGAAUAUGAGGUCGAAGAUAUAGUGGAUCACAAAACCGUUCGCGGCAAGACGCAGUAUCGCAUCAGAUGGAAGGGCUGGGGCGAGAACGAUGACACCUGGGAAGCAGAAGACACCCUCUCCUGUCCAGACAUUGUCGCCCGAUACAAGAAAAAGGUUGAGAAGGAGGACGGAGGCAAGAAGGCUGGGAAAAAGGGGGCCAAGCGCAAGGGCAUCCCGAUCAAGAUCCAGCCGAAGGCGAAAGAUCGCAAAGUGGAGGACGAGAACCCGGAGAAAGAGUGGGAAGUGGACAAACUGAUCGAUGUGCGCUACAAGAAGAACAAGAGUCGGGAGUUCCUGGUGCGAUGGAAAGGAUGGGGUGCGUCGUAUGAUAGCUGGGAGCCCGAGAAGUUCGUCAACUGUCCGGAUUUGGUGAGAAAGUUACUGGAUAAGCUGGAGAAUAUGAAGAGUAAAACGCCCAAGACGCUUCGCACGGCACCCAAAAAGGCGGAGCGCUACUCAACAAAUGUAAAGUCAAAGGGUGUUCGCACAUCACGCAGACACAACAACAAGCAGAGGAAGACGUACUUCGAUGCCGAAUAAAAGAAGGAAUUAUAAGAUUAAUUACUAAAAGAAAAUUUUUGGAUGGAUAAAUUGAAUUAAGUUCUGAAUGACGUUAAAAAAUGGAUGAAACUACAAAUUAAUUUUACAAUAUAAUUUCUUUCUGAAAUGAAUUAUUUACUUUUAGUUUAUUGUUUUAAGAUUUAUUACACUUCAAAAGAAGUGAAAUACAAUUUUCUUUCCAUUGUAGAAGUGGUAAAUGUAUACUCCAAUAAAGACGAGAAAAAUUGAAAAUAUAAAACGUGCAAUGCAGUCUUCAAAAUAUAACCUUAACGUCUUUUCUGAUAGGUUUUGAAUCAUUUCAUCGCCAAAAUGAGUUUUCCCUUGCUCAUAUCUGGAAAAUGUAGUAAAGAUGGAUUAUUGUUUUGUUAGCCUUAAUGCAUUAAAUCGAAAAGUGCGUUUAGAAAAGAAGAGUUUAAUAGAUGUAAAGAAUACUUUAAGUCGUAUUUUAUAGUACUGAUAAGUUAUUUAAGCUUCGAUUUUUCCUACGAAUUUCUCUUGUUUUCCUCACACUUCAGUCUUCUGGACAGAACACGGGAUUCUCGAUAUUUAGCCAUAGAAAAAUUUGAAAUGAGAAUAUUGUGUGUUCGAAUAAAACAAAUUAAUAAUUUCUAAGAGUUUGCUUUGAAGAUUUUCUUUUUGAUUUAUAUUUUCUCUUGAUUUUUUUUUCACAAUUUUCACUAAGGAUAGCUGCCCUUUGAAAUUGUGUCUUUUGUGAUCUGCAAAUGAUUUUUCACAUGAUGUAUAAAUUUCUAACGAUCCAGGUACUAAUCUUCCAUCAUUUUGUAGACAGUGAUAUUAAUAGAAUUAUAAUUUUAUUCUACGAACCGCAAAUCAAAUUUAUUUGUUGCAUUUAUGAGGAUAAAUCGAUAUAAUAAAUUUGCAAUUUAAACUUGGCCGAA